AGUUGUCAAACUAAAGAAAGAAAACCAACUUUCGGCGAUGCCAAAAGAAUUAAGCCUUAUUUUGAAGCGCCAGCUUGGAUACCUAAGAAGCUUAGAGAACAAGAAAUAGAAGAUUUGCAUUGUGGAAAUGUGUAGUGUGCGAAGUACCUAAAAACAAAGCUUUAUCCUGCUAUAAAGAAAUUAAACUUCUGUGGAAAAUAACAAGAACAUCUUCAUUAUCUACUUGUAAAAAAUGUGUGAGGCAUGAGAGCAUUCUUAAACUCAAAGUUGUCUCAUUGGAUUGAUUUGCCAACUAUCAGAUUGGUGAUCAGGAUAUGUCUGAUAAAUAUCUACAUUUAGAACAAGGAAAUUAUAUUUGUAGUAUUUAUUUGGUUUCAUUUGUGUUGUAUCAGUAGAAGAAUCAGUUACUGUAUUAUAAGAAAAAAAUAUAUGUAAUUUAUAAGCAAGUUUAUCGUCACCAAGGUAGUGGGAGGAGUUUGCAUUAUAUUUUUAGGCCCUAAUUUAGAUAUACAUACUUAUUACUUGAGAUUACGUAUGUAUUUUUGUAUUUGCCAUGUAUUUUUCUUGUUAAUCCAUACUGGAUGAAAUAAUUUUGACCCUUUCAAGUGGUAAUUGCUAGUCACUCAUGAAAAUAUAGAUUGUUAGUGAAACAAUUUGAAAAUAUUUUAUUGGACUGCUUUUGUAUAUGCAGUAUAUUAAACAAUAAUCUUCUUUACAUCAUAGCCACUUUACAAUAUGGAGUUGCCUCAUAAGAAAGAUGUUGAUAGCAUUUCUGGGGCAAAUGUAAGCAUGGAUGAUUCCUUUCCAAAAAUUUACAAAAAGCCAAAGUAUUCUCACCCUAAAGAAUGUUUCUCCAGUAGAAAGGAAAUGGAUUUUGUUGUGGAGCGGGAAGAAAAUGGAGAGUAUCCUAGAACUGAACAGUUUAGUCAGGAUUGUAAGCCUGUUGUGAAAGACACCAAAGAAGAGAAGUCUGCAAUCCUCAGGGAAGUCUCCCAAAAUAACACCAGCAAAAGUAGUAGUUAUUUGACAGCACUACCAUCCAGUGGAGAUGUGUCAGAUGUAAAUGGGAGAGUCCUACAAAAAAAUUACCCAAAAUCAGAAUUACAAAAAAGUGAAAGUGAUAGAGUUUGUAAUGAAGUAGAUGCUGGUCAUCUUCAGAGGGAUGAUGCUGCUGAGAGGGGAGCUCUUGAGGAGUGUCAAUGUACUAUUGACACUGAAGAAAAGGAAGAAAAAGAAGAUGACAGCAAAUCUAAGAGAAAGCAGUGUAUUUGCAAACUAUGUGAUGAAAUGUUUCUAUCCAAGAAAAAUUAUAGGGAGCACGUGUAUAAAUGCCACCCUAUUAAAGAGGAGGGAGUUUGUUUAUUUUGCAAGAAAUCCUUGCCAAAGACAUCCUCAUCUGGUGAUUGCAGGAAAACAGGUAAUUUGAUGAAAAAACAUUACAUAUGUAAUAUUUGUGGACAGACUUUUGAUGGGUCAGACGCUCUAGACAACCACAUCACUAGUCACUCAGAUGUUAAGACAUUUCAUUGUAAUAAGUGUGGCAAAAAGUGUGCCAGUCUCAAUACUUGUAAAGACUGUGGUAAUAAUUCCAGUGGUGAAAGUGCCUUUUGUGUAAACAGAGAAAUUAAAAAUGAUUGUGAAAAGAGUUUGAUAACGUCCAGCAGUUUGGAUACACAUCAGGAGGUGCAAUUAGGAGGGAAAUCAUAUGUUUGUAAUAUUUGUAAUGAUAGCUUUGCUCAGCAGGAUGACCUACAGUCUCACAUACAAACCCACACUGAGAAAACACUUUAUCAUUGUAAUCUAUGCAAUAAAAAUUUUUCUCAAGCCAGCAGUCAUAGAACUCAUAUGAAAACACAUAAUGAAAAUUCACACUUUGAAUGUGAUUCUUGUGGAGAAACAUUUACUUUGAACAGUACACUUCAGGUUCAUCUAAUGAAACACCAAAAGGAUAAGGCAUACAAAUGCACAUUGUGUGAAAAAUGUUUUACUCACCCUAGCACCCUUAAGACUCACAUGAAAGUUCAUACAAACGUUAAACCUUCCCCAAGUGCUGGUGAAAGUGGGGAGUCAAUUCGGGUGAAAGCUUCCCCAGGCAGGCCAAAAAGCAAGAAAAAACAGCACCAAUGUGAAGUCUGUUCAAGAAUUUUCACUCUAAAAAAUACACUGAUUGUACACAUGAGAAGGCAUAGUGGAGAAAAAAAGAAAAAACCUUUUAAGUGCUCUGUUUGUGAAAAGGGUUUUUCACAGUCAAGCACCCUAAAAAUUCAUAUGCGAACUCACACUGGUGACAAACCUUAUAACUGUGGCAUUUGCGGACAGAAGUUUACCUAUAACUAUGCUUUGCAGAAGCAUGCAUUAAUACACAGAGAGGCAGCUGACACAGAAGAAGAUGGUUCAGAAUAUGAUUUGGAAGGUAACAUUUUUGAGUUGGGUGCCUAUGAUGAUGAUGAUAUAGCUGCUAAUAAAGCCCAGUAUGAAGAAGUGAAAAGGAAGAUUUUCCAGACUCUAGCUAGAGCAAAAGCUCGAAUAGCGCAAGCUAAUGGAGGGAGUGCUGAAAAUGAUGAGGAAGUAAGUAGAGAUACAGAUAGUAAUGAAAGUAAUUAG